CCUCAUUCUCAAGCAAGCUCAAAAGUAGCGAUGCGUGCCAUGCAAAUUAUCCGUCGCGUUGCGGCAGCCCGUGCGCUGCCGUCAGCUGCCCGCCUGGCCCCGCGUGCCGCCGCUCCCUUCCUCUCCAACUCGCUAGUGGCCACUCGUCAGCCGCUGCGCACGUUCGCCUCGGACGGCGACGAUUUCUUCCUUGAGGACGACGAGGAAGAUUCGUUCGUGCAGUACCCGCCCGUUGCCGCGCGCGUGCAGCACCAGGCGCCGCAAUUUACGGCCCAAGCCGUGGUAAACGGUGACAUCGCGGAUGUGUCGCUGGACACGUACCGCGGCCAGUACGUGGUGCUGUUCUUCUACCCCAAGGACUUCACGUACGUGUGCCCCACCGAGAUCAUCGCAUUUAACGACCGUGCCGAGGAGUUUAAGGCGCUUAACACGCAGCUGAUCGCCGUGUCCUGUGACUCGCCUGAGAGCCACUUGGCCUGGACGCGUCUGCCGCGCAACAAGGGCGGGUUGGGCAAGAUGGACAUCCCUAUUGUCUCGGACAUCACUAAGGUCAUCUCGGCUAAGUAUGGUGUUCUAGUGGAACAGGCCGGUGUGGCCCUGCGUGGCCUGUUCAUCAUGGACAAGGAGGGCGUUCUCCAGCAGAUCACCAUCAACAACAUGCCCAUUGGCCGCAGUGUCGACGAGACUCUGCGUCUCAUUAAGGCUCUGCAGUUCGUCGAGGAGCACGGCGAGGUGUGUCCGGCCAACUGGCAGCCUGGUGACAAGACCAUUAAGGCCACGCCUACGGACAGCCACGAGUACUUUUCCACGGUCAAGGACGACGUCGACGACGACGACGCAACUGUGCUGACGCUCGUGAAGGAUAAGGCCCAGUUCCAGGCUCUGAUCAAGAGUGGCAAGCCCGUCGUGGCUGACUUUAUGGCCCCGUGGUGCGGAAAAUGCGCUCAGAUUGCUCCGUUCUUCGCAGACCUGGCGGAGGCCCACCCGGAGGUGACGUUCGCCAAGCUGGACGUGUCCAUUCCCGAGGUGGAGAAAAUCAAGGACGAGCUUGAGGUCGGCGCGUACCCGGAGUUCCGCUUCUUCAAGGACGGCAAGGAGGUCCACGAGAAGAUUUCUGGCUACAAGAAGUCGCUGCUCAAGAGCGCCGUGCAGAAGUUGCUCUAAGUCUCAAUAUGAGCUCUUGAGUUGCUUUAUUUUUCAGCAAACAUUUUCAAUAACAAAACGCAAAAAUGUUCUUUUGAAAAAGCUUUUUUUUGGUAAAAAUGGACCUAUGCAUUCUCGUAGCGAGCGCGGGCUAGUCGCUGUCGACGUUCCUUGUCGGAGGUGACAUCGGAGAGGUCCACUGUGGCUGAGAGUGGCGCCUUUAAGCCAAGUCCAGCGGUGUCACUCCGUCCGCCUUGUCCGGCUGCAUCGAUCGGUGCCGUGAUGCCUGUGCCAUGCUUGCCUAGACCCUCUCCGCUCUUCCAUCCCAUCAUCUUGAGCAUCUUGCCACCGAUUCCAGACUCCAGAGAGAUAGCACUAGGCUCUGGAGUUGGGCUGCUGGCUGGAAGCACACUCCCGUUGCUGACAGUAGCCGAAGCACUUUCUUCUUGUCGCUGCUUUUUGGCAUCUCGUUCCAUCUCCUUCUCGUGCUC